AAAGAAUAAAAUGGGUAACUUGUGCUCAGGAGGCGCUGAUGAUAAAGACGCUAAAGUCGAUACUAAGAAAGGAAAGAGAGGUUCAAAGUCUAAGACUAAGUCUAAAGAUGGAAAAUCCAAGGAUAAGUCCAAAUCAAAGUCUAAAGGAGGCAAGAAGAAGUCAAAGAAAUAGUUAGAUAAGGGAAAAGGUGAAAAUCUUGAGUCAUCCAAGCGGAUGGAAAGUGUCUAAUGAUUUUCGACAAUAAGAAAUUGUAAAAAUAAACUAUUCGAACUCAUUC